GGCCAGGAGUCCAUAGGAGUCCAGGAGUCCAUAGGAGUCCAGGAGUCCAUAGGAGGCCAGGAGUCCAUAGGAGUCCAGGAGUCCAUAGGAGUCCAGGAGUCCAUAGGAGUCCAGGAGUCCAUAGGAGUCCAGGAGUCCAUAGGAGUCCAGGAGUCCAGGAGUCCAUAGGAGUCCAGGAGUCCGCUAUUUCCCCCUUGGAUUUUUCACUGCGGUGAAAGCGGCUUUUUGAUAAAUCUCCGAGUGAAAUCAGUCGUUGUGAAACGCUCUUCAGACACCCUUUAUACUGUCCAUGGUAGGUCGGUCAAAUCCUAGACGACUUUUUUAUUAUGUAUUUCAGUAAUGAAGAGUCGGAAAUGUACUAACUGUGUUUCAAAUGACCUCAAAUAGCAGUUUCUUUCUAUUGUAGUUGUCUUUUACCGUACGUUGCAUUCAAAAGUGAACGAAUGUAUGAUAAGUGACGUCUGCAGCCAAAUUAAUCUGGUAUAAUGUGUAAUACAACUGAAUCGGGUGGAUGGAAGAGCCAAUAUUUUUUGACUGGUUUUGAAAACUAAUUUAUCCAAAAAACAAACAGAGUAUUCCACGUCCACUACUGUUAAUAGGGGACAAUCAUCGGUCUCACAUUUCUUAUCGAAUAAUAGAAUUGACUUUAGACAAUGGCGUCCCUAUUUCAGCAUUACAUCCGUAUCCGAGAACUGUAUGCCAACCUUUCGAUAUACACACACACACUCAAAAUAGUCAAAACUGUAUAGCGUAAAUUAGUCAAUGAAUACUAUUCAAAAAGCAGGGGAGAAGACUUUGAUUAAUCCAUAUUUCCUCUUUUUUUCAAACAAUUAUACGAUCAGCAUACUGUUGUGGUGGCUUGGCGACAGCUGGGAUAUAUCCGUACGAUAAGGAAGUUAUUCCGAUAGAAAAUAUAUCUUACUCUUCCUCAUUGUCGAACAAUAACGGUACACAAAUCACACGUAUGUCAUCAGUCCUAGUGAAAAUUCUUGUAUUCAAGAUCUUGAGUGAAAAAUUUUCUGUACAUUUUCUUUUUAUUUAUGACAGUCACAGCUAUUGGAUAUACGACCAUAUAUAGAGUCAUAGGUUCUCCUUAAAUAACUAUGUUCAAGAAGGAAAAAAAUUCUAAGUUAUUCUAAGUGCGAAAAUAUUCGCACUUAUAUUUAUACAAGAGUGUAAAACAAAACGACGAUUCAAGAAAUUACAAGAUCUUGACUUCUUGAAAUUUCUUGUAUUCUUAUAUUUUCUUACUAAGACCUUGCUGAAACAAUUCAAGAAGUCAAGAACUUGGUUACAAGAAGUUUCGCUAGGGAGAUGACAUUGCUAUUACAGCACCUGAUAGUUAUACUGAAUAUCGAUUACGUCGAUCACCAUCCACUCCUUUAUUCAUUCAUUUUAAUUCAAGUUAUAUGUUAUGAAACGCUAUCUGUGUUCUAGAGGGAUUGCAGCAAGCUUUUCAAUUAGAUGAUAUAACAUUAUUGGCUUUGAAAAACAUUAGAUAAAGCGAGGAAACAACUGCAGAAAGAUAAAAAAAUAGCAAAAAGUGAUGAAACACAAAGCAAAUGAGGAUGAACGUGCGGUUGAUGCAGAAGAUACAUACAACGAUAUUUAAUUAUGAAUUAACUGGGCGCCUAAAUUAUCGGCCCAUUUUUGGGCCAUUCUAAAUUAUUUUUCUAAUUAUUUUUCUUCUCGGCUAUCCUAAAUUAUUAUUUCCUUCUUCAUUCUCCUAAUAGAUACGACUGUUCAUUUUUUCAUUGAGAAGUUUUGUUGUUGUUUGCAGAGAGCAGCAAUUUUACAGAGAGUAAGCUUGUCCUACUCUGAAAGAAUGGGCUGCACUGUUAUCAGAAAUGGGUUGGAUUUUUCAACAGAUAAGUAAGCCAGAGAAUAAGAGUCUAAUAAGUUAUACUAUAUCAUCUACAGUUCAUUUUUGUUUACAAAACAACAAACGAACAGCACCUCCUUCUGUGGCUGACGAUUAUAGCCGGCUUCAGCCAUAAAACCGAAAAGUGGAAGCCAUUGCUCCGGCUUUACGAAAUAACCAGAUUGAUGACUGACUUUAAGCUGCUGCAGUAGCUUACUGAAUUUGCCAUGAAGGAAGAAGUUAAAGGGGGCAAUAAUAAAAUGUAUAUCGGCUCUGCAUAUGCAAAUUGCAUAAACAGCUAAAACACACCAAUGAAAACAUUUUAGCUGUAUAUGCAAUUUGCAUAUGCAGAGUCGAUAUGCAUUUUGUUAUUGACCAGUUAAAGGAUUGAUGUCGAAAACAUUCUUUAACUUCAGCCAAUAGAAUUGCUUAAAGCUCCUUUAUCUUUUGUAGUGUAGACAAGGCCUAAAAGAAGUCAGCGAUAUACAUGCCUGAUAUACAUAAUCUGCAGAAGUACCGCACUCCAUUUUUCAUGUUAAGUCAUCCAAUCGUCGUAAGUCUAUGUAAAACAGCUCUAUUCAUUCUCUAAAAGAGGACAAAGACCAGCAUCUGCAGUUAAUCUGUAGAACUUUUGGUGAAUAAGCUUCCUCACUUUUCAUGAUUAAAAUAGUUAGUUAGCACUUAGAGUACUAAAAGUAUGCUUGAGAGACAGUGAAUUGUGAAAAGAAAUUUAGAGAAAAACUACUACUAAUUACUAUAACUUUGUAUUUCAAAGUAACGUAGAUAAAUUCACUCUUAUAUCUAUAGCUUGGCACUGGUGCACACGCGUUCGGAUUGAUACUUUUUCUUUGGCAGAGGUGCGCACCGCUGCCGAAAAAGUGCCGAUAUAUCAUAAGAAAUUUUCUAGUUUAUCGGCACCCCUGCGCACAUCAGUACCAAAUUUUUUUCAAUCACCGUUUUGUUUUGUCGAAGUCCAUCUAUAUAAACACCAUAGUAUACUUGUAAUGUUUCGAAUGCCGUUCUAACUUCAUUUCUUCCUUCACAUAAGAGACGUGCUGAGGCUAGUACUUGAUAUAAAUAUGAUGAUAGUAAAUAAUUUGUUUCAAAAUUUAACUGAUGUUAUUGAUGAUCUUUGGAUAACGAAAGCAGAGGUGGACAAGUCCGAUCAUUUCCAAGUCCAAGUCCAUCAAAAGAACCUUCAAGUCCGGACUUGAACUUGCCCACCUCUGAACAAAAGGUAAUAAAAUGAAACUUCGAACGAUUGCUAGCGAUUUAAAAUUAUUAAUUUCACGUUUACAACUCGAAAAUACAUCAUACAAAUACCAGUCAUAUGUUAGUGAAUUAAUGCGACAUGCCGUUCGAUCGAUCAAGAAGGAUGUCAGAAAAAAAGUUAAAAUUGAAGAUAUAUCGAAGAAUUUUGAUAACGUCGCGUUUGAAAGUUUACUCGAUGAUCCUCAGCACGACGAAAUUAAAGAAAUUUUGAAUGUAGAUGAUAAUCAAAUAUAA